UGUGCCGAACAAAGAAAGAAAGAAGAAGGCGAAGGAGCAGAUGGCGACCUGCGCGCGCAGCCACUGGCUCGCUAGGCGCGUUAAAGGGCUCAACUGUGUCACAUUAUUCGCCUGUGGAGCGGCGAAAUGCUUCGCAAGCAGCACUAAUAGUUUUUUCCACGUUUGUUUAACCAUUUGGAAGACUGAAAGGCGCUCAAUCGAGCAUGUUUCAACUUCCAGUGGCGUGUGCGCCUCUUCGGUGCGCUAGGUGGCGGGCUGUGCGGUAAAAUUGACACAAUAUUCAUUGUUUUUCCAGCGGAACUCACGUUUUUACGGCAAAACUUUUAUGCUUAUGGUGUUUUUAGAAUAUGUUUUUGAUUUUUUUCGUUUUGUACUCAACUGGAGCCAACUGAAAAUUCCCAUUGGCAUCAGGGCGCACCUGUGCACCUUUCGUGAAGUUUCGUCUGUUUUCUCAACUCUGUGGACUUUUAUUGGCUUGGAAGUCAUCGCCAAGCAGUCUUGAAAUGCUAAAGUGUCUCUUGGACUUAUAAAUAUCGUGAAUGGAGUGUUUGUUAGUGUCUGAAAGAUGCCGCGGGGGUUGGCAAAUAGCUCAGCGUGUCGGUUUUGGAGUUCGGUUGCGCACAGACUGACAACGAGUUUUGGUUGGGGCUUUUUAAAUGCGGAAUGGACUCUAAUAUGUUCCAAAAAAAGGGGGGACAACUGUUUGUGUGAAGGAGUGCUUUUAAUAUUUCAAGCAUUUUUUGUAGAGUUUUCAAGUGGCACUUGGAAUAAACAGCUUUAAUUUGGUUCAAAUUACCAUUUUGUGCGUUUGGUGGCAUAUAUAGCCUCUUAAAUGAUGGUUUAUGUCAACAUUUUCACCCCUACACGUCGAACGUACAUGGACGUGUCCAUUUUGCAGGGAUUGCUGGGAAGAAGAAGGAGUCAGUCGAGGUUGGGCCGUCGGACAGGCGCACCAAGGUGGAAGCCAUUCACUAAAAGGACGGUGCCUGAAGACGUUUUUGUUCCAGUGGGAGCUUGAGGAAAGGAGGAGAAGCAAAAAAAAAAAAAUAAGCGUGUAAGGAAUUGUGCUAUCGGAGAAUCCUCCGUGAAACCUGCUGCCCCCGCAGUCACAAUGGAAGAGGAGAUCGUGGAGGAGCACACCAAGCUGAAGCAGGGCAUGGUGAAGGUGCUGCAGUGCGUGGCCACCAUCUCGUCGGCGGCGGCCGUGGUCAACCCCAUCUUCGGCGUGGCGGGCUCGCUGAUGCGCGUGGUUCUGCACCACAUCGACGACGAGGACAUCCGCACGCUCAAGCGCGAGUUCGGCUCGGUCAACCGGGCGCUGGACGAGCUCUCGCGCAAGAACCGCCAGGCACUGGUGGCCAUCCAGAAGGAGACGCUGGACAGCCAGUACGCCUCGGUGGAGGAGAACCUCAAGAACCAGUUCCGCAAGUUCAUGGAGCUUGUGGAGGCCCGGCCUGAGCACAGCGAGCGCAAGAAGGAAGACUUCACCCGCAGCUACGCCGACGACCUGGGCGACCAGAACCUGCACACGCUCUAUGACGGCGUGGUGGGGAAACCCAAACUCUUCAGUCGGCCUAUCCUGGAGGUGUUCCUGAAACACUCGGGCGGCGAUCGUCGGACCAUGGAGCGCUUGUGCACGCGCCUCACCUACUUGUUCUGCAUCGGCCUGAUCGCGCUGAUGGGCUACGCCGCCGUCAUCGGAGACGACGACGCCGGCCUGAGCGAGGAGUGGGCCGAAAAGAUGGAGAACGUGCAGGACAAGAUGCAGCACGCGCUGCGCAUGUGCCGCUGAAUCGGGUACACACGCAUCGUCAUCGUUAACUUCAACGGCAGCGGUGGGCAAAGACACGUACGCUACUUCUACCUUACCGACAGUGCGGCCCAGCCAACAUUUAUAUUAUCAAGCGUCCUUAUAUUGCUCUUUUUUUCUUUCCUUGAAUUGGUUGUUGGGACUUUUUCUUUAAUUAAUUCAAUAGCUAGCAGAUUGGUUUAUUGUAAGUAAUAAGAGAUGGGCAAAAAUGAUACUUAUUCUAUACAUAAUUUUUUUCAAAUUAGUUUUUUUUUAAUCAUUGACUGCCCGACAUUUUACGAGCACUUUGACUGAUCUUUCGAGGUUAGGUUCUGCCACCUUAUAAGUACCAAACCAGAAAGUUGACUCAUAUCAGGAAAAAAAAGCAAGAUUUUCUGUUCUUUAAUAACUAGCAGUGGAACGCGCUGAUUCCAAGUGCACAGAAAAGCUUUGUGUGAACGCAAACAUGUCAACAGAACAGUGACUUUGAAGGCGUUGUGACACCUCAAACUAAAA